AUGGUAAAUUAUAAAGGAGCCGGUCUGAUGGUUGUGGAAACCCCGGGCCUGGUUCCAACACAGUUCAGGCCCCAUCGAACCCUGGACCUGUUCCAAAUUGAUGCUAAUAUGGAGCGGCAGGGCAGCGUGAAGGAAGAUGAGGGACAGCUUGGACUCGGCGAGGACAGGAUUCACAUCUCUGCUCCUCAUCUUCUCAACUAUUCUCAGCUCGCCGGAGUCACAGGGGUACGAGCAGGGGACAGCUACAGUGCAGCUGUCACAGCAGGUGGCGAGCUGCUCCUCUGGGGACAGAUCCCCUGUGUGUCCCUGCUCACUGACCAUCCAGGCCUCAGAAGACUCUGGACCCCCCAGCCUGUUGCACUGGCAGGCAGAAAGGUGUGUGAUGUCGCCUGUGGGACCUGGCACAUGAUGGUCCUCACCACACGAAGCAGGGAGAGGAACAGAGGAUGCGAUCACCCACAACGUGAAGCUCUCUUCGGAGACGUUGACAGGAAUCCCCCACCGACGGAACACGCAGGGAAAGAAAACACAGCCCAAGACUUUAAGCACAGGAUCCAGGAUCUGCAGAGACCAGAGGGCCCAGAGGAGGAGGAGGAGGACAAAGACGAAGAAAGCGGGGGGGGGAAAAACCAUGAUGAGGGCAAUGGAGCGAUACCUGAUUCAGCAUUCGCCGGAGCCAGGUCUGCACCGGGGAUAGACAGGACAGGAAAUGGCCGCUCAUCAAUCAAAUCCGACCAGGGGCAGAGAGAGAGGGAGGGUUGCAGAACAGAGGGGCCGCUGGAGCUGAGGAAAGACCCACGCAGGAGCAGAGCGAGCAGAGAAACAGUCUUCACCACUUUGCAUCUUUUACCUAAGACAGCGGGAGAACAGUGCAGGCCGAUAGCCAGCUGCUUGCCGAGGCUGCUGACCGGACAACAAGCUCAUAGCAGAGUUUUAGCCGAGGCUCAAAAAGAGAGAUCUACUCAUCUGACUGAGCUGCUCCAAAAAUCUGGAAGUGAUAGCAGCAUUCUGCAGAGUGCCGAGCUGAGACUAAAACCCAGACCUCCUGGGAGAUGUUCAGGUCCUGGGGCUCAGAGAGUGGCCUCCUGUCACCACUCAAGAACAAGAAUACACACUGGCCCAGAGUCUCCGAUUAACAAUCCUUCUCCCCGUCUGACCCCUGGACAACAGAUUCAGACGUCCCCUUCCUUCCACCAGAGACCACGAGCCAAAGCCUCUCUUUCUCCUACUCCUUCUUCUUCUGAAGCAUCCAGGUACUGUCCAACACACAGGAGAGCGGUUUUCUCCCCUGGCGCCUCUUGGAAGAAGCUAUAAAAAACCAACAGACCCUGUUCUGUC